GUAACUGUUCACACAGCUAGUGAAUUGAGCCGUGAGGAGAAGUCCUGCUGCCGUGCCGAUAACAAACGCGCGAAUGAGAGGACUGUAACGGAUAUCCAUAUCAAUUUACUCUUCAUAACUUUGAACCCUUAGACCGUUAAACAAAACGUUCAUUUUUCAAACGCACUGCUGUGGUUCUUUCAUUCGGAGGGCUCGCCCUUUCUCCGGGAGUCUGAAUGGAAGGAGCUGAAGGAGCGUUUGGGCUGUCCGAGGCCAGGGAUGGGAGUCCGUUGUCCGGAGCCACAGCAUCUGAUGACACAGACACUGUCGUUGGAGUUAGCUAUGGAAUGGAUGCCGGCGAUAUGGAUGCUGCUGCUAGAAAGGCCUUCAUCACAGAGAUGCCCUCUUCCUCCGGCCUGCCCGGCCAGGGGAAGAAGAUCGGCCACAGAGGAGUGGACGCGUCGGGGGAGACCACCUACAAGAAGACCACCUCCUCUGCCCUGAAAGGUGCCAUCCAGCUGGGCAUCGGCUACACGGUGGGGAACCUGAGCUCCAAGCCUGAGAGGGACGUGCUCAUGCAGGACUUCUACGUGGUGGAGAGUAUCUUCUUCCCCAGUGAAGGCAGUAACCUGACCCCAGCACACCACUUCCCUGACUUCCGUUUCAAGACGUACGCCCCCGUCGCCUUCCGCUACUUCAGAGAGCUGUUUGGGAUCCGACCCGACGACUACCUUUAUUCCCUAUGUAACGAGGCCCUGAUCGAGCUGUCCAAUCCCGGGGCCAGUGGCUCGGUGUUCUACCUGACGAAGGACGAUGAGUUCAUCAUCAAGACCGUCAUGCACAAGGAGGCGGAGUUUCUUCAGAAGCUGUUGCCUGGAUACUACAUGAACUUGAACCAGAACCCUCGCACCCUGCUUCCCAAGUUCUUCGGCCUGUACUGCGUCCAGUCUGGAGGGAAGAACAUCCGGAUGGUGGUGAUGAACAACGUCCUCCCCAGGGUGGUCCGCAUGCACCUCAAGUACGACCUGAAGGGCUCCACCUACAAGCGCCGCGCCUCCAAGAAGGAGCGUGAGAAGGCCCGGCCCACCUUCAAGGACCUGGACUUCAUGCAGGACAUGCCUGAGGGUCUGCUCCUGGACCAGGACACCCACAGCGCCCUGGUCAAGACCCUGCAGAGAGACUGUCUGGUGCUGGAGAGCUUCAAGAUCAUGGACUACAGCCUGCUCCUGGGGGUGCACAACCUGGACCAGGCGGAGCGGGAGCAGCAGCUGGAGGGCUCGCAGGGCAGCAGCGACGAGAAGAGGCCCGUGGCCCAGAAGGCCCUCUACUCCACCGCCAUGGAGUCCAUCCAGGGGGGCGCCGCCUACGGGGAGUCCAUCGACACUGACGACACGAUGGGAGGUAUCCCAGCAGUCAAUCUGAAAGGCGAGCGCUUGCUCCUGUACAUCGGUCUGAUCGACAUCCUGCAGUCAUAUCGCCUUAUAAAGAAACUGGAGCACACAUGGAAAGCGCUGGUUCACGACGGGGACACGGUCUCUGUCCAUCGGCCGGGCUUCUACGGACAGUUCUUCAAGUUCAUGAACAGCACAGUCUUCAAGAAGAGCUCCUCGCUGAAGUCGUCUCCGUCUAAGAAGGGGCGCGUGGCGCUGGCCGUGCCCAAGUACUGCGGCCCGGGCGCGGCCUGGUCCGCCAGCCAGCUGGCCUCCGAGAGGGACGAGAACAUCUACGACCUGAGAGGAACCCGUAGCUUCCCCACCCUGGAGGACGAGGGGAGACAGGACCUCCCCUGCACCCCUCCUUCGUUUGAGGAAGCCACCACAGCCUCCAUCGCCACCACGCUCUCCUCCACCACCUCUCUGUCCAUCCCAGAGCAUUCGCCCUCGGACACCGCAGAGCACCCCCGCUACAGGAGGCACACCCAGUCUGUUAGUCACGAUGGCAGGACCCAGGAGGAGCAGCAGACCAUCACGGUGGAGGUGGAGGUGAAGAGACACGACAGUGAACCCACCAUCACAAGGAAUGAUGUCUGUAGCCUGCACACUUGUCUGUCCAACGUUUCCUCUAUGCAUCUCUAA